GCUGGACGGCGAGCGUGGGUGAGAGCCAGAAACCGUUUGGAGCCUGAGUCCUGUCCCUGUAGGAGGAUUCUUCAGCCACUAUGUCAACUGGCACAGAUGUUUCUCUUUCUUCAUAUGAUGAAGAUCAGGGAUCUAAACUUAUCCGAAAAGCUAGAGAGGCACCGUUUGUUCCCAUUGGAAUGGCCGGGUUUGCAGCAAUUGUUGCAUAUGGAUUAUAUAAAUUGAAGAGCAGGGGAAAUACUAAAAUGUCUGUUCACUUGAUCCACAUGCGUGUGGCAGCCCAAGGCUUUGUUGUGGGAGCAAUGACUCUUGGUAUGGGGUAUUCCAUGUAUAAGGAAUUCUGGGCAAAGCCUAAACCUUAGAAGAAGAGAAGCUGUCUCGGUUUUGUUGGUGGUGUUUGCUUUAGUUAGGCAUCUCAUAUUGAGUUUAUAUGUUUAUGUUGAAAAUGAAUCAUUUGAAUGGGUCAAAUAAUACAGUAGUUUAAGUAUUGGCUUCCUUUCUUGCAGGCUUGAUUUGCCUGGUUACCAAAUUACUAGUGACCAGUCAACUCGCUAGGUCAUUCAGGGGAGUCACAUUAGCACAAAAGAAGAAACAUGUCACUUUUAAAUGGACUGGACAGUGGUAAAAUAUGCUCCUCCUUAAACUCUUAUGAUAAAAUCAGUUAUAAAGAGGACAGUGUGCCAGUCCUGAAGUACUCCUAGUUGCUGAUUUGAUUCUAGUAUCAAAACAUGCUUUUGAUGUUAUGUAGGAAUUCCAUUUAAUUUUUUUCUGCCUAUUUUGCAGAUUGAUCAGGUACUUUAGUUUUUAGGACUGGUUGGCUCUUAAUCCUUUCAGAACAGUGCAUGGAAUAUAGUAAGCUUCCCCACAACCUAAAAUACAUUUAUUUAAACCAAACCUAAAAAGCCGAUAAAGAGCUGUUUAGAAGUAGUAUUUAUUUCAGAAUCAUACUUGUAAACAUGAGAAUAACCUAACUGUGGAUCCCAGUUUAGUUUUUUUUGUAAUUGCAGAGUUAUAUUUAUGCUGCUGUGGUAUUAGGAUAAUUUUUAAAUGUUGAAAUGUGUAUUUUAAGUACUAUGCAAAGAUUAAGUGAAAAACACUUUUUUAAAUGUAUGAAGCUUGUUUAUUUUCUCUGUAAGAAUCAUAAAUGUUAACAAAUUACCUAUAGUUGAAGUGAUUGAUGAUUUAUUCGCAAGGUAGUUUGGUCAGACAUAAUACACAAACUUUGGUAUACUCCAGAAUGCUUUAUUAAAUUUGUGAAAUUUUCUUGUCUAACCUAAAUUUACAUUCCAUGGUGAUAAUAUGGUAAAUGUAGUGUUAGUAAAGAAGGUGAACAUAUCAAUUGCCUUGUAUUUAUUUCAAUUUGGAAAAAAAUCAGUCAUUCCUUAGUAAAACAAGGAUUAAGUUCCAAGAAAAAAAGAGAAUGUUGUGUACCUUUGGUAGGAACUAUGGUUAAAGCAUAUUUAUCAAACAGGAAUAAUCGUUAAUAUCUGUUGAGUAUUUACUAUGUGCCACACACUAUUCUAAGUGCUUUUCAUGUAUAAUGUCAUUUAGAUUUACUAACAGUCCUAAGAGGUAGGAAUUAUCCUUAUUUGACAGAGGAGGAGACUGAGGCAUGAGUGUAAAUAUCUAACCCAGGGUCACAAAGCUAGAGAGGGUUGUAGGUUUGGGACUAGAACCUGGGCAGUCAAAUCAUAGAUGCCAACAGGUAUUAGAAAUGUUGGCCUUUAUGAAAUUGAGUGGCCAUAGUUACCAUAAAUUAAUAAAGUUAGGCAAGAGGUUACAGCAUGGUCUUGACUCACCACUGACUCUUAAACUUGGAUUAAAUCCAAGUUUUCUCAAUCUUAGGUAUAAAAUGAGAAGGUGAGCUAGGUAAUUUCUACAGUCCUAUAUAGCUUAUAGGUCAUUAUAUGAGUCUGAAAAAUGCUUUAAAAAUAAAAACUAUUACUAGGAACUAUUUUCUCAGGUUCCAAUAGACCUGAUAGGAGAUCCUGGUAGGCAGUCCUAGCAAUUGUUUCACGAAGGAUAAGCCUUCUGUAGAACAAAUUUGGGAACAAUUUUCAGAAAAUUGUUCUAACAGAUGAGUAUAUUACUGAUUUGUUAAACCAAAUAAAUACUCAUUUGAGAGAAGUUGGCCUGGGCCAUUGCCAGAGGAUAGGGCAAACAAAAGCAAAGUGUUGGAAGGGUACUGAGCAUUAUGUAAUUAAAGGUGGGGUUGCUCAUUCAAGGAAGAGAGUGGUAAAUUAGCUGGAUGAAUAGAUUGGCAUCAGAUAAUGAAGUUCUUAAAAGUGGCUUAGGUGGGUGUGAUAUUACAUGUUAUUAAGUCAGUCCUGGGUUCACAGCUCUGCCACCUAUUACCCAAGUCGUCUGUAAGAUGGGGGCAAUAUUAGUGGCUGAGAGGGAUGGUAAAAUGCAGUGGUGACUGUAGGGAUCUUAGCACAGCACCUGAUGUGGAAGGAAACUCUACAAAUGACUGCUACACCCGUCGGUACUGUGGUAAGCUUGGGAAAGUCCAGCAGGGAAGGCCGCCAUUAAGUGAUUAUAGAAAGCCUGUUGAAUGCUAGGGAGAGGUAGCAGCAAUAACAUCCAGCGUGGUGGGAGGGGGGGUGCGACACUUAACCCAGGUUUAGAAUCAGAGAUAGGUACCCCUCAGGAAGCAAUGUUGUACCUUAAAGAGAUGGUAUGUUGAUUUUCACUGAGAGUUUGAUUCCUUGGCUUAAUGUUUCUAUGUUAUUGGGGCAUUGAUGUGUGAUUGCUUCCAUGUCUCCUUUAGUACUUUUU